GAUAUUCGGGUCUUCCAUAGACUUGCUCUAUCUAUUUCAUGGUCGGAAUGCCCGGGACCACCUAGCUUAACUCCCCGUUCUAAUGUCUUCUCCAGAUAUACAGAUACGAGCUUUGAAAGCUUCUGACAUCCCUCAGUUAUGCCAGCUUCAUUCUGCUCUUCUGCCCGUUAAAUACCCUCCUGCUUUUUUUCUCCAACUCCUAGUUAACUCUACACGCCUAUGCCUCAUCGCCCAUUCUACGACCUCUCCAAACACGCCCAUCGCAUUCGUCUCCGCCGCCAUUCAGCGCGCUACAGAAGACCUCCCACUCCCCUCUUUGCACAAAUGUCCCGUCUCUCCUGACAAAGAAACGCCCGCUCCUCUUGUCACUAUCCUAACUCUGGGAGUCUCCCCUUCUCAUCAGCGUCAGGGUAUCGCGCGCGCCCUCGUCCGCUCGGUCACCUCCCGUCUCUGCUCGUCCUCAGCUCACUCCUCGCCCCCCAACGUCUUUCCCCGCUCAAUCCCCGCAGCAACCGUCAUAGUCGCGCAGGUCGCGACAAGUAAUACGGCAGGACAGGAAUUUUACCAUCGCCUCGGUUUACGGACUGAGAAAGAGCUACGAGGCGCGUACAAGACUCUUGGGUCAGGGCAGAAAGAUGCAUACCUCGUCGUCGGACAAAUUACUGUCUGA